UUACAGCUCAACCACAGCCGCCUCCAAAGAGCCUCUUCCCGGGACCGGGAUGGAAGGACGCGGCUGAGCAGCACCGGGCUCAGUGCCUGGCAGCACCCGGAGCUGCGGGGUCAGCCUCCCUGCUUCUCCAUCUAGGUGACGUGAUGAGGGACUGCAAAGAGCCUGCUGGGGUUUGCUUACGUUCUCCCUGCCUUGCUUCAGUUUCUCUGGAUGUUGGGGGCUGAGAGUGCAGCCUGUGCUCCCGAAGGAUCACCCUGCUGAGCUGGGGCGGGAGCCUGAGCCAGCACUGGCACAGCCGGCUCGGCCGGACUGGGCUGCAUUGGAGCAGGGAGAGGAUGUCACGGGCUGUGCAAUGCCAGAGCUGCCUGCCCUGGGGCAGCUGGAUGCAGCUGCAUCAGUCCCUGCCAGGGAGCAGAGGGACCAGAAGUCUGUAUCAUCUGUGUGCUGCUUCAGUGCCAGGCAAUGCAGGCAGCUACUUCUCUAGGAAGAUCCUUCGCACAAACAGCAUCACCUUCACCAGGGGCUGUGUUCACUACCAGGGAGGGAACCAGGAGCGCUCGGUCCGGCCCAGCACCUCUCGCCUGUCCCACCUAAGGAAUGUGGCCUCUUCUGAUGCCAUCAAGAAACACCGGAAGAGCCUGUCUGCGUGGUUCAGUCACCAGCCCAAUGAAGAGAGGCAGUUUGGCCCUUCCUUCUCAGUGGAUGCAGUCCAUGUGGACCCAGUGAUACGGGAGAGCUCCCUGGAGGAGAUCCUGAAGCCUUCACCUGGCCUGACCAUCCAGAACCAGCUCCAGCAAUCCUGCAGGCAGGUUAUCAGCCUCCAGAACCUUUUUGAUGUGGAUUGCUGUGGGCGGCAGGUGAAGAAUGUGGUGCUGUAUGGCACUGUGGGCACAGGGAAGAGCACCCUUAUCAAAAAGAUGGUGGUGGACUGGUGCCAUGGUCGCCUACCCCGUUUUGAGCUGCUCAUUCCCUUUUCCUGUGAAGACCUGUCCCAUAGUCACGCUCCCAUCUCCCUGCGGCACCUCAUAACCAAGAAGUACCAGCACCUCCGGGAUGUGGUGCCGAUCCUGGGCACUUCCAACCUCAACGUGCUUUUCAUCCUCAAUGGCCUGGAGCGGCUCAACUUGGACUUCCGCCUGGCUGGCACAGAGCUGUGCUGUGACCCCAGCGAGCCUGUGCCUCCCUCUGCCAUUGUGGUCAACCUGCUGCGCAAAUACCUCCUGCCAGAGGCUAGCAUCAUCGUCACCACACGCCCAUCGGCAGUGCGCCGGAUCCCUGGCAAGUACGUGGGCCGCUAUGCUGAAAUCUGUGGCUUCUCUGACACCAACCUGCAGAAGCUGUACUUCCAGAUGCGCCUCAGCCAGCCCAGCUGCAGUGUACAGGAUGGUGUGGGGAGCAGCUCAGGUGAGCAGGAGAACUUAGUGGAGAUGCUGUCGAGGAACCUGGAGCGCCACAACCAAAUAACUGCUGCCUGCUUCUUGCCAUCUUACUGCUGGCUGGUGUGCACCACCCUGCACUUCCUCUACUUCACCAAGAUGGUACCUCCCAGCCAGACCCUGACAGGUAUCUAUACCAGCUUCCUGAGGCUCAACUUCAGUGGGGAGGUGCUGGACAGCACUGACCCCACUAACAUCUCCAUGAUGAAGUACGUGGCCAAGACAGUGGGCAAGCUGGCCUAUGAAGGGGUGAUGUCCCGCAAGACCUGUUUCUCAGAGGAUGACCUGCAGCGGUGCUUUGAGGUGGAGAUGAAGACUGAAAGCGAGCUCAACCUGCUGGAGGUGUUCCGCAGUGAUGUCUUCCGCUUCUUCCUCAGUCCAUGUGUGCAGUCAGGCAAAGAGCACACCUUUGUGUUCACCAUCCCUGCUAUGCAGGAGUACCUGGCAGCCCUGUAUGUGGUGCUGGGUGAGAAGAAGACGCUGGCACAGAGAGUGGGGAAGGAGCUGUCGGAGGUCGUUGGGAAGGUGAGUGAAGAUGUGGCUGUCGUUGUGAAUAUCAUCUCCAAGGUGCUGCCCUUGCGCUUCCUGCCAGUGCUCUUUAACCUGCUCAAGAUCUUCCCUCGCUACUUCUCCCGGCUGAGUGGGAAGGACCAGGAUGCUAUUGCCCACACCAUGGCAGAGGAGCUGUUCAAAGAGGAGGAUUACUACAACGAUGAUGUCUUGGACCAGAUCAAUUCCAGCAUCCUGGGCGUGGAGGGCCCCAUGCGCCACCCUGACGAGGUCCCUGAUGAUGAGGUCUUUGAGCUCUUCCCCAUCUUCAUGGGUGGGAUCCUGUCCCGCCGUAACCGGGCCAUCCUUGAGCAGCUGGGCUGCUCCAUUAAGAACCUGGCAGCCUUUGAGAUUGCCAAGGCCAUGAAGAAGACAGUCAUCAGGAAGAGCCGCAAGGGGCUGCCCCCCUCUGAGCUGAUGGACUACCUCUUCUUCCUGCACGAGUUCCAGAAUGAGCGCUUCACAGCCGAGGCCAUCCGCUCCCUCCGCACUGUCAACCUCUCAUCCGUCAAGAUGACCCCUCUCAAGUGCUCUGUCCUGGCAUCUGUCAUGGGCACCACAAGCCAUGAGGUGGAGGAGCUGAACCUGAGCUCCUGCAACCUUGACACAAGCAGCCUGAGGAUCCUCUUCUCUGUCCUGCUGCGAUGCAGAACUCUUCAUCUACAGCUCAACAGCCUGGGCUCUGAUGCCUGCAGGGAAAUCCGUGACCUGCUCCUGCACGACAAGUGUAUGGUGAACAGCCUGCGGCUGACAAACAACCCCGUGGGUGAGCAGGGGGCACAGUACCUGGCUGAGGCGCUGGCUGGCAACCGCUCGCUGACCCGGUUGUCCCUGCUGCACACCGCGCUGGGGGACAGGGGCGCUGAGCUCCUCGCUCAACACUUGGCCAAGAACCAGCACCUCCAGGAGCUCAACCUGGGCUAUAACUCCCUGACAGACGCAGCCGCCCUGCAGGUGGUGGAGGUGGCCAAGAAGCACGCGACGCUGGACAAAGUGCAUCUGUAUUUCAAUGACAUCAGUGAGGAUGGCAAGCGAGCGCUCGACAGCCUGCGCAUGGACCGGGAUGGUGUCAGGGCGCUGGUCUUCCUUACCGCAGGCACUGAUGUCUCUGACUACUGGUCCAAUAUCCUGAACGUGGUGCAGAAGAACUUGCCUUUCUGGGACCGUGAGCGGGUCCGGCAGCACCUCUCCCUCAUCCUGCAGGAUCUGGAGAGCAGCCGGAGACAGACUGCAAACCCCUGGAGGAAAGCAAAGUUCCUCCGAGUUGAGAGUGAGGUCAAGAAGAUGCUGGGGAAGCUGCAGCAUGGGACCCUCUAAACCUGCUGUCCAUGCCCCCAGCCAGGCAGGGAGCAGUGCUGCUGGGGUGGAGAUGCCUACUGGUUGGGUGCUAUCAAGGCUGUCAAAGGUGCUGGGUAUGUGGAGCUCAGCCCUUAUCUGUGGGCAAGGCUGAAAUGUGUGAGAGCUGUACAGAUGCCAGGCCAGGAGCAAAUGGGACUUGUUCUUCUGGGCUUGUAGAGAUCCAGACCCUGCCGCCUGUCCAGUGCUGGCUUGGCCAUGGGCCACAGCAGUGGCAGAGGGGCAGGACUCAGGUUAGCUUGUGAAACCUUUGGUAGCAUUAAAGUGCACAGCUUUGUUUCCACUGAA